UAAUGACAGCAGGACGCAUUACCAGAUUAAUGUUACGAAUUUACCUUAUAUGAAUAGAAUGGAGAGGUGGGCAGGAAAAGUUGCGCUGGUUACUGGUGCUAGUAGCGGAAUCGGUUGGGAGAUCGCAAAAUCUCUUGUUCAACAUGAUAUUCAGGUGGUUGGUCUCGCGAGACGAUUCGAUAAACUGCAAGAAUUGGCCGAAAAAUUGGGCAAAAGCAAAUUCUACCCUAUACAGUGCGACGUUACGAAGGAGAAUGAUAUUUUGAGAGCGUUCAAAUGGGCCGAGGAGAGACUGGGUGGCGUUGACAUACUGGUGAACAAUGCUGGAAACACGAUGCCGACGCUGAUCAUUGAUUCGUCUAUCGAGCAGUGCAGGGAGUUAAUAAAUAGUAACUUAAUGGCGCCAAUGAUAUUUGCGAGAGAAUUCAUAAAUGCGAUUAGAAAACGCAAUGUUUCCGGCCAUAUAAUAAAUAUCAGCAGUAUAGCGGGACGGUAUCCGGAAACCUUCCGCGUUCCAAUUGGAAUAUACAGUGUUACCAAAUCCAGUCUGUAUACUUUGGGUGUAGAACUUCGCAACGAAAUCAUGGCAUGCAACCUUGAUAUCAGAGUCACGACUAUCAAUCCUGGAGGUGUUCUUACAGACCUACUGAAAUUCGCGUUGAAUUGCGGCGACGAGAUUACAGAGAAAAUAGCACUAUUAAGCGGCAAAGAUAUUGCUGACACAGUGAUUUGCGCACUAGGAGCAUCUCCAGGUGCAGAGGUUUUCGAGCUUACAAUUAUACCGCAAAAGAUAAUAGUGGGAGCUCCAGUACCACAAUUGGAAAACUGAAAUUAAAUUAAAAAGAUUUACAUUAUGGAAGAAUACUAUAUCAAUAAAUAAAAAAUGGUAUCUAUUACAUUACUGUAUACCGAUCUAUUUCCAGUCGUUGACAAUCGGCUGUAAUACUUUCGAAACUUCAAAAUCUGUUUCUUCAAAAAGUAGAAAAUUAGUUGGGAAAACAAAAAAAUCAAAAUGAAAGCAACAAAAUGAUGCGUAUAAACAAAACCAGAAUGCUAUACUACAAUGAAACAAUUGUAACGUAAAUCAUACGACCUAUUUUUUACGAACUGAAAAUAUCAAUCCAUGUCCAGCUCUUUUCGAAGACAAUAAUACAAUCAUCCGUGUCUAAAUUUCUAA